AUGGAAUCAAUCCCCGUCCUGUCUGUCCUCACGCGGCCGGCGGGGAGGCGGCGGGUGUUCGUGCAGACGGAGACCGGGUGCGUGCUGGGCAUGGACCUGGACCGCGGCGACAACGCGCACACCGUCAAGCGCCGGCUGCAGCUGGCGCUCAACGUGCCCACGGGCGGGACCUCGCUCACCUUCGGCGACCGCGUCCUGGAGAACGACCUCUCCUCCAUCCGCCGCGACUCGCCGCUGCUGCUCACGCGCGACAGCAUCCACCGCAGCUGCUCCACGCCCUGCCUCUGCCCGGCCUCCGCGGACUUCGAGCACAAGGACAGCAGCGGGCUGGUCGAGAUACUCGGGUCCUCCAGCACCAGCGUGAGGCGGCUCGUCGACGACGUGGCCACCGGCAUACGGGGCGGGCUGGAUCCCGUGCCCAUUGACAGCGGCCUCGGCGGCUCCUACUACUUCAGGGACCUUGGCGGCGACAGGGUCGCCAUCGUGAAGCCCACAGAUGAGGAGCCGUUCGCGCCCAACAACCCCAAGGGGUUCGCCGGGAGGGCGCUCGGCCAGCCGGGGCUGAAGAAGUCUGUCCGGGUAGGGGAGACGGGGUUUAGGGAGGUCGCCGCGUACCUGCUGGACCAUGAAAAUUUCGCGAAUGUUCCCGCAACGGCGCUGGUCAAGAUAACGCACUCGGUCUUCAACAUCAACCGUCCGAUGAACAACGGCGGCGCUCCGGCUCAUGACCACCAAACUACCAGUAAGAUCGCUUCGUUCCAGCAGUUCAUCGCGCACGACUUCGACGCCAGUGACCACGGCACUUCGAGCUUCCCGGUGGCUGCUGUUCACCGGAUCGGCAUAUUGGACAUCAGGAUUUUCAACACCGACAGGCAUGGCGGUAAUGUGCUGGUGAGGAAACUUGAUGGUGGCACCGGCCGCUUUGGUUGCCAGACGGAGCUCUUCCCUAUUGAUCAUGGCCUGUGCCUGCCGGAGAACUUGGAGGACCCUUAUUUCGAGUGGAUACACUGGGCGCAGGCGUCGAUCCCGUUCUCCGAGGAAGAGCUUGAGUACGUCAGGAAUCUUGAUCCGGUAAGGGAUGCUGCAAUGCUGCGGAGAGAACUGCCCAUGAUACGCGAGGCUUGCCUCCGGGUCCUGAUCCUGUGCACCAUCUUCCUCAAAGAGGCUGCAACUUUCGGGCUUUGCUUGGCAGAGAUAGGCGAGAUGAUGACUAGGGAGUUCAGAGGGAUGGAGGAGGAGCCCAGCAAAUUGGAGCUUGUCUGCAUGGAAGCUAGAAAGAAGGUGGAUGAAUGGGAACCAUUCUCUCCUGACGUUGAACAAGGGGAGGACAUGGGUUUCCAGUUCUCCAUGGAUGUGUUAGGAGGCUACAGUGAUGCGAUUCGAUCGCCAAGAUUCCAUUGCUCAGGCAUGAAGGGUUCUAGCUUCAGAAAUCCUCUGACCAAGCUUGUGGAGAGCAUGAAUGAGGACAAUGAUGAUGAUGAAGAUCGAAAGGAGUUCUCCAUGCCUUCAUCUCAUCAUCGGAUCCCAUCUGCUGAGUUGAAUCCUCCUAGUGUGUACAGAACUACUAGUUUGAAUGGCAGUGCCGUGAACAGGAGCGCCGACGAACAGCUCCCAUCAAGUAUGUGCUUUGUCAGGUUGUCGGACAUGAGUGCAGAGGAGUGGCACGUCUUCGUUGAGAAGUUUCAGGAGCUGCUGAAAGAAGUGCUGGACGAAUGCAAGGCGGCUGGAGCGCAGCGGAUGAAGCAACGGUUGGGCACUUCCUGCAAAUUUUGACUAGUACAAUAGAGCAGGAGAGAAGAUAUGAUCAUAUGUACAACUUCGGCCCGAACGUUGUGGUGUGUAACUGUCUAAAGUUUGUUCAUCAGGUAGACGAUACCAAAGGCUGGUGAUGGAUGUGGUGGGGAACUGCUACGCAUGUUUAUUACUUAUUACGUUAAGACAAGUGCUGCAUAAUAAAUGCUUACCAGCUUGUGUAUAUUGCUUUAGUAGAUGCUAAACACUAAGAAUGCUAUUCGUUGGCUGUUGCUGAACAUUCUUUGUGUUGUGUGUGAGCAGUGUAAAUAUGCACCUCUGAUGUAAAUGCUUACCUUGUGUUGAACAUCUUCAAUGAACACUUGUCUUGCGGUC